UCGGGUCGGAAGAAAUUGUCAGCAGUCAUAACCAUCACUUCGUCCUGUGGACCCCCAUGUUAUUUCGAAGCUUUUUGUCAAUUUUAAUCAUCAAAUUUAUCGACUUUCACUGUUUUUGGCAUCUGGGCACCAUCAAAAUCUAACCAUUUUUGCCAUCUGGGUACUUCCCUUCCUUGCUCUUCGAUGCUGUCCCGUUUGAUUCCAUAUAGAACUUAUUCUUCAACCUUUGCUGCAGUAUCUCAAAUUUCAUUUUCACGUCUUGGACAAAUACGCAUAGCUCGAAAGAUAUUUGAUGAUUUGCAAGACAAAACAGUUACUUCUUGGAAUGCAAUUAUGGCCGGUUACUUUCAAAACAAACGGCCGCGUGAAGCCCGGAAACUGUUUGAUAAAAUGCCUGAGACAAAUACGAUUUCAUGGAAUGGAUUGGUUUCUGGUUACGUUCAGAAUGGAAUGAUUUCUGAAGCGAGAAAAGUUUUUGAUAAAAUGCCUGAGAGGAAUGUGGUUUCGUGGACAGCGAUGAUUAGAGGUUACGUGCAAGAGGGAUUGAUAGAGGAGGCUGAAUUGUUGUUUUGGAGAAUGCCGGAAAGGAAUGUUGUUUCUUGGACUGUGAUAUUAGGUGGUUUGAUUGAAGAUGGCCGUGUCGAUGAGGCUAGACAACUUUUUGAUAUGAUGCCCGUGAAGGAUGUUGUUGCUAGCACUAAUAUGAUUGAUGGAUUGUGUUCAGAAGGAAGGUUGAUUGAAGCAAGAGAAAUUUUUGAUGAGAUGCCUCAAAGGAAUGUGGUUGCUUGGACUUCUAUGAUCAGCGGGUACGCAAUGAAUAGUAAGGUGGAUGUGGCUAGGAAGUUGUUUGAAGUGAUGCCGGAUAAGAAUGAGGUGAAAUGGACAGCGAUGUUGACGGGGUAUACGAGGAGUGGUAGGAUUAAUGAGGCUGCUGAGCUUUUUAAGGAAAUGCCUGUGAAACCGGUUGCUGCUUGUAAUGAGAUGAUUAUGGGGUUUGGGCUGGAUGGGGAGGUGGAGAAAGCGAGGUUGGUGUUUGAUCAAAUGAGGGAGAAGGAUGACGGGACAUGUAGCACGAUGAUUAAGAUUUAUGAGAGAAAAGGAUUUGAAUUUGAAGCACUUGCUUUAUUUAGUUUGAUGCAAAGAGAAGGGGUUAGGCCAAGUUUCCCGUCCGUCAUAAGUGUUCUUUCUGCUUGUGGUAGCUUGGCAAGUCUUGAUCAUGGUAGACAGGUUCAUUCACAGUUGGUAAGAUCCCACUUUGAUUUAGACAUAUACGUUUCUUCAGUUUUGAUCACGAUGUAUAUCAAGUGUGGUGAUCUUGUGACAGGAAAAAGGGUGUUUGAUAGGUUCUCUUCAAAGGAUAUUGUCAUGUGGAAUUCCAUUAAUUCUGGUUAUGCGCAGCAUGGUUUUGGAGAGAAAGCUUUAGAAGUUUUCCAUGACAUGUUCUCUUCAAGCAUUGCACCGGAUGAAAUUACCUUUAUUGGAGUUCUGUCAGCAUGUAGUUACACUGGGGAGGUUAAAGAAGGGCUUGAAAUUUUUGAGUCAAUGAAAUCUAAAUAUCAAGUGGAUCAAAAAACUGAACAUUAUGCUUGCAUGGUUGAUCUACUUGGCCGAGCAGGGAAGCUAAAUGAGGCAAUGAAUUUGAUUGAAAAUAUGCCUGUGGAAGCAGAUGCUAUUGUUUGGGGUGCUUUAUUAGGUGCAUGCAGAACCCAUAAGAAUUUGGAUUUGGCAGAAAUUGCAGCAAAGAAACUUCUACAGCUUGAACCUAACAAUGCUGGGCCUUACAUCCUUCUAUCAAACCUUUAUGCGUCCCAAACUAGGUGGAAAGAUGUUAUAGAAUUGAGAAAAACAAUGAGGGCGAGGAAUUUGAGAAAAUCGCCUGGUUGUAGUUGGAUUGAAGUGGACAAGAAAGUGCAAAUAUUCAGUGGGGGAGAUAGCACAAGCCAUCCUGAGCAUGAAAUGAUAUUGAAAAAGUUGGGAAAAUUAGGUGCUUUGUUAAGGGAAGCUGGAUAUUGUCCUGAUGGUAGCUUUGUGAUGCAUGAUGUUGAUGAAGAAGAGAAGGUGCACAGCUUACGGGAUCACAGUGAGAAAUUGGCUGUUGCAUAUGGACUUCUGAAAGUGCCAGAAGGAAUGCCUAUUCGAGUGAUGAAAAAUCUUCGAGUCUGUGGGGAUUGCCAUUCAACAAUUAAAUUAAUAGCUCAAGUAACUGGGAGACAAAUAAUUUUGAGGGAUACUAAUAGAUUCCAUCUCUUUAAGGAUGGCUUGUGUUCUUGCAGUGACUAAUGGUAAUUACAAGCACGUAAUUACUGGACGGAUGCAGCUUUGGCUGUGGCUUUUGAUGCCAAGAUCAAGAUGGCAACAUUUCUUAGGCUCGUCCAUAGAUUUUGGUGCCAAAAGAUGUGGUAUGGUGCAAUCCUGAAUUCAGAUGCUAAUGUCAACUAUAUUUCAUAUGAAUGCUGAUGAAUAAACCAGCAACAUCCUGACCGGAGCUCAUAAAAGCCAUAAUGAAGUCCAAAGACGUAGUCAUACAUACCAUUUUCUCCAGAAGAGCAGAAAAAAUUGAAGGAAAAACAAUUUCAGAAGCUUUACACUUUAAUUAUCAAAGUCACGGAUGUUGAUGCAUUGUUGCAUCCUUCAAAGCUUAGAGCAAAUCUCCACGUCCCCAGGCUUUGUGCUAGUGGAGGAACGAUGGAAUGCCUGUGCCUAUUUCCUCACAUUUGCAGUAUUCAGUACAUAAAGCACUGUCCUCCAAUCAGCUAAAUCAAUAAUUUAUCAAUGGAAGUUUGCAAGAAAUAGAGUGCGGACAAGCAACCGCAAAGGAUUGAAAAGCAGAUGCUCUACAGUUAGUUCUGGAGUAUGGCUUGUUGAGGGAGAAACUUCCAGCUUUUGUAGCAUGCUAAAUUCUUACAUUAACAUUCUAACUAAGAAAGGUGUCAUGUUUUACUUGGUUUAAGUAUUUUUUUUAUAUAAAAUGUUUAUUAUUCCAACCAAUUCAAGUGACGAGCUUCAAGUACUUCACAUGUCCACUAUCCCAUGUACCAACAUCUCCAGACACCUCUGCAGGUAAUAAACACACUUUGUCUCUAGAUCCAGGAGUAAAAUUUAUCUCAGGUGCUUGGGAUACAAACUAUUGUUGAUUGACUUUUAUAGGGAAUUAAGAGUUCAUAUAUCUGGUGUGAGUUUUGUAUGUCUUUUUUGUAACUUUGAAGUGGUUUUUGCUGCAAUAGCAUAAUUAAGUGACUUUUGCACUUGAGCCAGAAUAAUAGAAAUGCAUUGCACGCGAACAUAAUUUCACAGAAUAUGUCAAUGCUUGGAUGCUUGAUUGUUUAUCAGUAGUGUUAUCUGAGAUGAUGGCUAUAAAGUGGAAAUAAACCCUAAUCCAUCUUUUAAUAACUAGAUGACCUCGAAAAUGAAAGAUUCAUCAAUGUAAAAACAACAAUAUUACAA